GUUUUGGGUCAAGUUUUCUUCCAAAGGAGGAGAGUGUAACUGCAGCUCCUGAGGUGGAGGUCAGUGAAGACUACCAAGCCAGCAGUCAGGUUUUCCAUGAGUGCUUCCUGAAUCCCUGUCAGAAUAAGGGAACUUGUGAGGAGGUGGGAGCGGGAUACGUCUGCACCUGCAUGCCCGGGUUCACAGGUGCAAAGUGUGAGGUCGAUGUAGACGAGUGCGACUCUGCUCCUUGUCAGAAUGGAGGCCUGUGCAAGGACGGCAUGGGAGACUUCCAGUGUCAGUGCAAACCAGGAUUUUUAGGGCAUCUAUGUGAGGCGGAGGUCAACGAGUGUGUCUCCUCCCCGUGUCUGAACGACGGUGUUUGUGUGGACGAGGUCAACAAGUUCACCUGCAGCUGUGUCGGCGGCUUCACAGGAUCUCGCUGUGAGCUGGAAAUAAACGAGUGUCUUUCCAACCCCUGUCUGAACGGAGCCGUGUGUGAGGACAUGACGGGCGGUUACACCUGUAAUUGUGCUGUUGGCUUCUCGGGGGAUAGCUGUGAGGUUAACAUCGACGAAUGUUACAGCGCCCCCUGUCUAAAUGGAGGCUCGUGUCUGGACGCCGUCAAUAAUUUCAGGUGUCAGUGUGUGGAGGGCUACCGGGGCCGGCUGUGUGAGGUGGAUGUGAACGAGUGCGUUCCGAACCCCUGUGUGAACGGAGCCAGCUGCCUGGAUGGUCUGGGGUCCUUCACCUGCAGCUGCCUCCCUGGGUUCAACGGAACCAGGUGUGAGACAGAGAUGUCCUCUGCUUUCAACCUGGACUUUGAGGUGUCGGGUAUCCACGGUUACGUGAUGAUGGACAGUGUGAUGCCGGCGCUCACAGAGAUCACCUGUACCUUCUGGAUGAAGUCAUCAGACACCACUAAUUAUGGCACACCGGUGUCCUACGCUGUGGAGGGCAGCGACAACGCUUUCCUGCUCAUAGACUACAACGGGUGGGUUCUGUAUGUGAACGGUAAAGAGCGGAUCACCGACUGUCCUGCAGUGAACACGGGUCACUGGUACCACAUCGGUGUGUCCUGGAGGAGCUGGGACGGUGACUGGAGAAUCUACAUCAACGGGAAGCCCUCGGACGGAGGCAAAGGCCUGUCAGUCGGCACCACUAUCCCAGGUGGCGGAGCACUGGUGUUAGGUCAGGACCAAGACCAGAGGGGGGAGGGCUUCAACCCCGUUGAAUCCUUCGUGGGAUCCCUCAGUCAGCUCAACAUCUGGGAUCGUGUUCUGACCCAACAGCAGAUCAAGGUGCUGGCCAGCAGCUGUCCGGCUUCGCAUGUGACCCACAGGGGGAAUGUGCUCGCCUGGCCAGACUUUCUGAACGGAGUGGUUGGCCGAGUCAAAGUGAACAGCAACAGUAUUUUCUGUGCUGACUGCCCCAAACUGGAGAGUGCUGUGCCUCACCUGCUCGCCUCUACUGUGGAGGUGAGCCCCGGAGCGCAGGUCCAGCUGUCCUGCAAUCCCGGUUUCUACCUGGUGGGGGAGCCGGUGCUGCAGUGCCAGAAUAAAGGAGAGUGGAGCCACCCGUUGCCGAGCUGCGAAC